AUGUCACGAAACAUGCUGGAUCACGACUUCGGUUCUGAAGACGAAGAUGAUGACUUCAACCCCGUUCCCGCAUACGAUUCAGACAAUGAAGACACUAGGCCGACGCAUCAAGACCGGGACGAUGAUGACGACGAAGAAGAUGUAAAGCCUACACGACGGGUGGAACGUCGAGUCGGUAGCGAGGAGGCUGAAGAUAACGAAGAUGCCGACGGCCAUGACGACGAGGAAGAAGAGGAGAACGAUGAUGACGAGGAGGAGGAGGAGGAAGAUGAUGAUGAAGAGGAUGCCGUGUCUCGACCCAAAAAGCGCAGAAGGAGAGGAGGCGUGCACAAUUUCUUCGAGGAAGAGGCCGGCGUCGAUGAAGAUGAAGAUGAGGCCGAGGAUGAAGAGGAUGAAAUGGCCGAACUUGGUGGGGAAAUGCAUCCAGAUGAUAUGGAUGCGCUGCCUGUCGGCGCUGAGACUGACGACCGUCGCCACCGACAGCUCGAUCGCCAGCGCGAGCUUGAGGCCAGCAUGGAUGCCGAGAAGCAGGCGCAGUUACUCAAAGAACGUUACGGACGGAACCGUGCUGCAGCCUCCGAUGCAGUCGUCGUACCGAAGCGUCUACUACUUCCUAGUGUCGAGGAUCCUAGCAUCUGGGGUGUCCGUUGUAAGCCCGGCAAAGAACGGGAGGUUAUUUUCGCCAUCCAGAAACGUAUGGAAGAGCGACCUAUGGGCUCUCGCAACCCUAUGAAAAUCAUUUCUGCCUUUGAGCGUGGAGGAGCUAUGAGUGGGUACAUAUAUGUUGAAGCCCGUAGGCAAGCGGACGUCAUGGAUGCAUUGCAAGAUAUGUCCAACGUCUACCCACGGACGAAGAUGAUCCUAGUUCCUGUGCGAGAAAUGCCGGACCUUCUCCGGGUGCAAAAAUCCGAGGAACUCUUGCCCGGUGGCUGGGUUCGUAUCAAGCGUGGCAAGUAUCAAAACGAUCUGGCCCAGAUCGAAGAAGUUGAAACCAACGGUCUCGCUGUGACUGUUCGCUUGGUUCCGCGUUUAGACUAUGGCUUGAACGAGGACACUGGUGCGCCUUUUAUGGAUCCCAAAAGGAAGCGUCCUGGCAUGAACCCCGCGGUGGCCCGGCCGCCUCAACGUCUGUUCAGUGAAGCUGAAGCUAAGAAGAAACACGGAAAAUAUCUAUCUGCCACGUCUGGAUUGGGUGGAAAAUCCUGGAGCUAUCUAGGAGAGACCUACAUCGACGGUUUCUUAAUCAAGGACAUGAAGGUACAACAUUUAAUCACGAAGAAUGUGAGUCCACGGCUUGAGGAGGUUACCAUGUUUGCUCGAGGCUCAGAGGACGGCACUGCCAAUCUAGACCUUGCGUCUCUCGCGGAAACACUCAAGAAUUCCACGGCUGAAGACUCUUACCUUCCAGGAGAUCCAGUUGAAGUGUUCCGUGGUGAACAGCAGGGCUUGAUCGGUCGCACUACUUCUACUCGCGGUGAUAUCGUUACUCUACAAGUUACCGAAGGCGACCUUGCAGGACAACACAUUGAUGCCCCUGUCAAAUCUCUUCGUAAGCGCUUCAGGGAGGGUGAUCAUGUCAAGGUUAUCGGUGGUAGCAGGUAUCAAGAUGAACUGGGUAUGGUGGUCCAAGUUAAGGACGACACCGUAACGUUACUUAGCGAUAUGAGCAUGCAGGAGAUCACGGUGUUCAGCAAGGAUCUUCGACUCUCUGCCGAAACAGGUGUUGACGGAAAGCUUGGAAUGUUUGACGUACAUGAUCUGGUGCAGCUAGACGCCGCUACUGUUGCUUGUAUUGUCAAGGUUGAUCGAGAAUCCUUGCGGGUUUUGGAUCAAAAUGGCUCGAUUCGCACUAUCUUGCCUACUCAAGUAACAAACAAGAUCACACCGCGUCGGGAUGCGGUAGCUACGGAUCGGAAUGGUGCAGAGAUUCGACAUGGAGAUACUGUCCGCGAGGUGUACGGUGAACAAAGGAAUGGCGUGAUCCUUCACAUUCACCGUUCAUUCCUGUUCUUGCAUAACAAGGCUCAGGCUGAGAAUUCUGGUAUUACUGUCGUGCGUACGACCAACGUUGUAACAGUAUCAGCCAAGGGAGGCCGGUCUACGGGCCCUGAUCUUACUAAGAUGAACCCGGCUCUGAUGAGUCGUGGCGCACCUGGUGGCACGAUGGGACCCCCGAAGAGCUUUGGUCGCGACAGGAUGAUCGGAAAGACAGUCAUGGUCCGAAAGGGACCCUUCAAAGGUCUUGUGGGUAUUGUCAAAGAUGCGGGAGAUGUGCAGGCACGCGUGGAGCUCCAUUCCAAGAACAAGCUAGUGUCGAUCCCCAAGGAGCUUCUCGUUGUCAAAGACCCCGUAACGGGUCAAACAAUCGAAAUGGGCCGCGGCAGAGGAGGACCACGCGUCCCUUCAGCAGCUCCACCAUCGGGCUGGCAUGGUGGCCGCACACCGGUGGCAGCUGCAGAUUCAUCCAGGACCCCCGCUUGGGGCGGUGCAUCUUCUGCGAGGAGUAAGUCUUUCCAUGUUUCAUGCCUUUGGUCUACGAUGCUAACAAAGCGCUUCAGCACCUGCUUGGGCUGGUAUGGGCGGUUCCCGCACACCAGCAUGGAAGAACGAUGGAUCCCGUACAUCGAACCCCUACGAUGGAAGCCGCACCGCAUAUGGUGGAUUCGGCUCACGUACCCCGGCCUGGAACGCAGCGCCCGGACUCCCUACGGCGGCUCCGGCUCCGGCUCCGGCUCCGGACAAAGUGACUUCGACGCCUUCGCAGCCGGCUCCAGAACCCCGGCCUGGAACGCAAACUCCGGCAGUCGCACCCCGGCCUGGUCCUCAGGAGCUACGGCAAGCAACGGCAGCAAAGACUCCCGUGGCUACGACGCCCCCACUCCAGGCGGAGCCUAUUCUGCACCCACCCCCGGCGCAUACGGUAGUGCUCCAACCCCCGGUGUCUCAGCGCCCACGCCUGGAGCCUGGGCCGAUAGUGCCCCGACACCAGGAGCAUUCAACGCCCCUACCCCCGGCGGGCCGUCCAAGAAGCCGUACGAUGCCCCUACACCCGCUGCCUGGGACAGUCGUCCGUAUGACGCCCCUACCCCAGCGAUGGGUGGAGACGGCGAUGAUGCAGGACCACGGUACGACGAAGGAACGCCUAGCCCUUAA